AUGAGCAAGAAGCGUUUGGAGAGACUGAAGAAAGAAGUAUAUGAUCCUACAUUUAUUCUCUCUUCUUGGGUUGUUGGAAAAGAUUGUUGUGAAUGGGAAGGAGUUGUGUGCCACAAUCUAACUCGUCAUGUGAUUGAGCUACACAUGCAUGGGCAUUUUUACGAACAUACUGAUCUAAGGAUCAAUAGCCUAAUUCCAUGGCUGCCAAGUCUUUUGAAUCUUGAGAACCUGGAGAUGGAUUAUGUGGAUCUUAGAAAAGCAACUAACUGGCUACAGAUCAUUACCAAUCUUCCUUCUCUGCUUCAUCUUAGUUUAUCUGAGUGUGUGAUACCGAAUAAGGUUGGGAAUGUAACAAAACUUAAUUUUCUCGAUCUUGCAUUCAACAAUCUCAACUCCACUAUCCCAAAUUGGCUUUACGGAUGCAAAAAAUUAGAAUCACUUUCCCUUGGUCACAACCAUCUAGAGGGAGUAGUUUCAAGUCUAAUUUCAAAUUUGAGCUCAAUAACUAAUAUUGACCUUUCCGAUAAUAUGCUUUCUGGCAAAUUACCAAAUGUAAAUGGAAAGUUGCGGAAAUUAGAAUAUCUUUAUUUCUCACAAAAUCUGUUUGAGGAAGAAGUAUCUGAGUUCUUCAACGGCUUAGGAAAUCGUUCUGCCUUGAGAUACUUGACCCUACGGGACAAUGAACUAACUGGAAAUCUUCCAGAAAGUCUUGGCUCACUUUCAAUGCUUGAAUCCUUAUACAUCUUUAAUAAUAGGUUGGAAGGUGUUGUAACAGAAAGCAAUUUCACUAACUUGACGCAAUUAAGGUAUUUCUAUGCAUCUACGAAUAGUCUGACCUUAAAAGUGAGUCGAAAUUGGAUUCCACCUUUUCAAGCCAUCAACUUUGUAAUAGGCGGCUGGAACAUAGGGCCUCCUCACUUUCCCAUGUGGAUCCAGACUCAGAAACAGAUAGUGAAUUUGGAUAUAUCAAAUGGUGGAAUACAAAGUGAAGUUACAACUUGGUUUUGGAACUUAGCUUCUCAAAUUACAUUUCUCAAUCUUUCUCACAACAAAUUUGUUGGUGAGGUUCCAAUUGUCUCAGCAUCUUCUUGGUCAUCUGGACAAGGUCCUUGGAUAAUGUACUUGAGUUCUAACAAUUUUAGCGGUUUAUUACCUCGGAUUUCAACCAUUGAGCUAGACCUCUCGAACAAUUCAUUUUCAGAAGAGUUGAUAGUUUUAAUCUUGAGGGACAAUAACUUGAUUGGAGGCAUAUCAAAAUCCUUGGAGGUUUUGAGUAAUUUGCAAUCCUUGGACUUCAGAAGAAAUAGACUUAACGGUUCGUUUUCUUCAUCCUUGAAAAAUUGCACAAAAUUGCAUAAAAUAGAUUUAGCCGAGAAUGUGCUUGUUGGGCAAUUACCAUCAUGGUUGGGAACGAGGUUUCCAAAAUUGAUAAUCCUUAGCCUUCGGUCAAACAAAUUCGAUGGUGUAUUGCCUCAAGAACUUUGUUACCUCAAAGAUCUUCAGAUCUUAGACCUUGCAAAUAAUGCUUUUGUCGGAAUCAUACCAAGAUGUAUUAGCAAUUUCAGUGCAAUGGUCAAAGGAAGAACGGUAUUGGAAGAUGGUGAUGAGUUAAGUUAUUCUUACUAUGUUGGAGUUGUGAGAGAGAGCGCAAUGGUGACGACUAAAGGCAACAUGUACCGGUAUGAUACCAUUUUGGCGUUGUUUACCAGCAUGAAUAUGUCUAAUAAUAAUCUUUCCGGAGAAAUCCCCGCAAGUUUUACCAGUCUUGUAGGAUUGAGAUCAUUUAAUUUCUCAAAAAACCACUUUUCUGGUAGAAUUCCAAAUGGCAUUGGCAACAUGACAGUAUUGGAGUCCGUUGAUCUUUCAGAAAAUUAA